AUGCCUGAUAAAAUUCCCAUUAGUGGGAGAUUACAGUUGACAGUUGAAGGUUGCGCAUGCUGUCCUGCAUUUUGGGGAUUGAUGAAUCCACAAUGGAAUAUGUGCUCAAGGGGUAGAAGGCAGUCGCCUAUUAACAUAGAGCCCAGCAAAUUGCUUUUUGAUCCAUCACUACGACUUUUAAAUGUGGAUAAGGAGACGAUAUCGGGACACAUCUAUAAUACGGGACAGUCUCUCGUAUUUAGGGUUGAUAAGGGGACAAAGCAUUACGUAAACAUUUCUGGCGGUCCACUCGCUUAUCGGUAUCAAUUUGAUGAAAUUUAUAUCCAUUACAGUGCAGGAAAUCGUUACGGUUCUGAACAUCGUAUCCAUGGCUAUUCGUUUCCUGGAGAGAUUCAACUCUAUGGUUUUAACGUGGACCUUUACCAUAAUAUGACGGAAGCGAAAUAUAAGACACAAGGGGUUGUAGCAAUUUCCUUAAUGAUUCAGGAAGUGGUCAAAAUGAAUUUCGAAAAUGUUGAAGGCUUGCUCGGGGCUCAUUUGGUGCCAAGACGCAUCUGUUACAAGAAAUGGAUGAAGCUAUUCACCGGUACCGUACCGGGGGCUAAGAAGGUAUUUACCGGAACCUAUGCAGUAAUAGGCAGCUUGUCUAUCAAGUCGCUUUUACCCGAUACUGAUCAGUAUAUGACUUACGAAGGAUCUAUGACGUACCCGGGAUGUUGGGAAACCGUAACAUGGAUUAUUAUUAAUAAACCUAUAUAUGCAACCAAGCAAGAGUUGUACUUGCUACGAAACAUAAUGCAAGGAUCACAGGAUGCUCCAAAAGCACCAUUAGCGAAUAACGUUAGACCAGUGCAGCCGCUUUAUUUUAGGACAGUAAGGACUAACAUCGAAUUAGAUAAAUCAAAGGUCAACAGAUGUUUAUCAAUCAGUUAUGACAUCCAUUACAAAGCAAACGAAUGGAAUUUGGAUGAUAGUCAAUCGGCAAAUUCCAUGAAUUCAAUUUGACCUCAUUAUGGCAAACAUUUUUUUAUAGACACA